UAUUUAUACAGUGUAAUGGGUGCAUAUUUUUCAUUACAGGAUCUAAAACAUAGCAUUAUAGAUGAUGCUUUAUCCGUUAUUGUCAGCCAUGUCAUCAUUCCGUGUUCUGGUUGGGAUGGUGGAGAGGUGGAAAGGGAUCCUAAUGUGGAUGUAUGGUGGUCUACUGUAUUUAAAAAUGCAUCUGGUGUGUUAAGGAAUGUAAGUUCCGCUGGAGAGUAUGCGAGAACAAAACUGCGUCAGUGUCCAGGACUGGUUGAUUCUCUUCUCACUGUGAUCAAGUCUGCCAUUGCGGGGGCUUCCCAUGAUAACAAGAGUGUAGAAAACUGUGUUUGUAUAUUACGUAACCUUUCAUAUCGAUGCCAGGAAGUAGAGGAUCCAAAUUAUGAUAAAAAUCACCCUCCUACGCAGUCCAGGGCAACAGCUACAGCGAAGGUGCAAGCUGGAAUGGCUGUUGAAUCUUGAUAGGAAGGUAGUUAACUGGAGGAGAAAGUGGGAGAGAGAGGUGGUAACCCCUCACUUGCCUCCUUCUGUACUUCAGUCUUUCUGUUGUCUCUUUCUUGUACGCUCAUUUGAUUUUUGGGUGAGUAGCCUGCUACCAUUAUUCACUGUUACUCACUCCUUUGCUUGGUGCCUUGGGCUAUAUUUUGCUGUGUCCUGUUGAUGCGUUUUUCUUGAAUAGAAAAAAAAAACUUGACCAGUGUAGAAGGGGGGGUGGUGCAGCCAUUGUGGUCACUUCAUGUCUCCCAUAUCAGUUGACCCACAUAUCUUUUGCUCUAACUGUAAGGGUACAGAAUGUACUUGUUCCCUACCCUGUGACAAUGUGCUUGUUGGACCUCACCUCAGUGGGAGAAUUAUGUUAAGAAGAGGAAGGAAGCCAGGAAGAUUUUGUUGGGUUCCUCGGGAUUAACACUGCUGUGGUGACAAUGCUGAAUCUUUAUGGUUCCUUCUUUCCACUUGCUGCCAUUCUUCUUCCUGGUCCACCACUUGAUGCCUUCCUGGACUUCGUAACAUGAAGGAAUGAUCAGUCAGCCACCAAUGUCUGUUGCUACUUCUGCAGUUCCUAUGACUACUUCGUCUGCUACAGAUGAUUCUCCAGUGGCUGUGGUGAUGCUGUAGCAGAGCAAGCAGAUGUUGCGACUUCUCCCCCUUCAACCUUGUCCACCCCUUUGGAGUGCAAGUGACUUAAUAAGUCUGGUAACUUGGAGAUCCCCAGACUCUUCCUCAGUUUAGG